AUGUUCGGCCGUCGCAAGAGAAGCUCCUCCCAUCACCAGGUGCCGCUGCCUACUGCCUCGUCUCAAUCCGCGCAGACCGCCGCUACUCAUGCUUUUUUAAAGUCCCAACCUUCCACAAGUAGCCUCUCGUCCGCAGCUGCAGCCGCCGCCCUACGCAAUCGUACACCGACUCCAACCUCCGUGGGAAAUGUCGAGACCAAGCGAAUGGUCCAACGGCGGGCCUCCACCCAGUCGCCGGCCAGUCCCAUGGCCGGCCGCAGGUCAGCGAGUGUCAGCGGCAAUUUGCGUCGAACGAGCAGCUCGGGAUCGAUGACCGCAAGAAGUUUUCGCGAACCCUCCCCUAAUCGCCCAUCUACCAGCUCAGGUCCCAUCAAUCACAUUCCCGCCGAUGUUCCUCCGCUGCCAUCAGUUCCAUCUCAGUACGUGAACGGGAAACCCCCUAAUCGUCGCGCUGUGAGCGUGCAGCCGCAGAUGCGAACACCUCCCGCUUCUCCACCGCGGGCAAUUGCACGAGGUAUCAGUGCGGAUCGAGGAGGGCGAGAAGGGGGAUCUGCCGUACAUUCGGCGCAUAAUCGGUUGAGUAGCUUGGGUACGGUGCCAGAGACGGAUCGACCGAAUAGCCGGAGUUCCAUCAACUUUUCCCGGCCUAUCUCGCCGCCGGUGGUGCUUGAGAAUCGGCCAGUGAGUAGGGAUGCAUCUGCAGCUCGUGUGGUACCUGCGGCUGCCGCCGGUGCCCAGCAUUCUCUUUCCCAAGGACCCGGCAAGUCGCCGAACGCGAAGUCCAGAUCCUAUGGUGCGGGGAAUGCGGAGAAAGACGCAAUCAAAUCCGUUGGUGCUCCGGCAGGUACCGCCGCUGCAGCAGCUAAGGCAGUUAGUAUGCAGAAAGGCAUGUCGCGGGCAGAGCCGGCUCAUGCAAGGGUUGAGCGGAUAGAUCCAAAACCCCUUGGUACCAGCACACGGGACCAACGUUCGGAUGACGACGUGCCAAUUGAGUUUACUAGACCAAGUGUCGGGGAUCAAUCUUCUCAAACUAUCGAACGAUGGCCAUCGACAGUCAUCGAGGAGAAGGAGCCGGCGGAUGAACAAGUCGAUAUUCCUCGUGUUGUGGAGACCGGAGACCGAGCUGCGGCCGCAUCGCCGACAAUUGAUCAUGCUGAGACAGUAUCGACGCCUCAACCGUCCCCGAAGGGCGACGAAGCAUCUUCGCUGCAGGAACCCGAGCAUGUGCCUCAGCCAAGCAGCCCUGGCCGAUCUGCCCACUUUUCCAAGUGGCUUUCCGUAUCCGCAGCUGGUGAUCAAGUCCAUCAACCUCCACCGAGAUCAGUUUCGCCUGUGAAAUCGGCGCUGAAAUCCCCCCGCGGAAACUCCCUGUCUCCGGACAGGGGGGCACGGGUUGGUCGGUUUGUGCAGCCAUCGAGUGAGAUGUCCGACGGUACUUCGGUAGCUUCAGACGAUGGUUCCAGGCCCGUUUCCAAAAAGAAGUCUGUCAAGGUCAGUUUCGAUGACGAGGCCGAGGUCGUCGGAAUCGCAGCCAGUCCUCCAACUUCCCCCGAAGAUUUCGUGCCGGAUUCACCCCAGGGCAAGUCCAAAUCUCGCAAGGGUUGGUUUGGCGUUGGGAAGAAGAAGACUGCAUCGGACUUUGUCACUGGCGAUGACGACUUCGACAAAGUAUUGAAGCCUCGGCCGACCCUUCCAUCAUUUGGUAGUGUGCGAAAAAACCGGGACGGUUCUCAGGUGCCAGUGAUCCCCGAAUUUAGCGACAAUGACUCCAGCACCACGUCUGGUGAUGAGGCGCCUGAUCGAGGUGUCUCAUUUUCCAAUGAUCAUGCUCUUGGAGGGAUGCUUGCCGAGGUCCACCCCGCGGAGCCGCCGCAGGUUCAUAAUGUCAAAACCGUGGAGCAAUUGUCUGUCAAUGGAGAGCCCUCCUCUUCUCCGCAGUGGUCAUCUGCGGAUGUGAAGAUGGAUGGUGUUGCCAAGGGCAGACUUAGUGAACAGCCGCCAUUUUAUGAGGAGUCUGAAUCGGCUGUGCCAUCAAUUGCUGUUCAGCCAGCUACUCCCAUGCUCGAGAAUGAGCGCCCCAGCUUUGAACGAUCACGAUCGAGCCGGGGAAGCCUCGAGCAAUACCAAAUCCCAGGCGGGUUCCCAACCUCGAACUCAGACCGCAGCCUCAAAUCUACAACUAAAGGAGUCAAGCAGCCUAUGGCAAGCGCUGUUCCCAAGCUUGACGACGUUGAUACUGAGGGCGAGUCCGGCGAUAGUAUCUACAGUGAUGCAGAAGAAGACCUCGAUGGAGAUGGCUUCGGGUCAAUCAACGCCAUUGUUGAUAGUCGAGCAAUCCCUAGGUCAUCGGGUCCCUUAGAACCGAUCAGUGAGAGUCGUGACAUAACUCCCAAGCCACACACUCGAACUGCAGCUAUCGACAGUCAGUCGCAGGAUGUCACGGACCAGGCCAUGGAAGAGGUUCGCUCCAGUACGCCCACGCAGGAAUCUGUCAAUCGCCAGAUGAAAGAUUCUCCUACUGCUGCAGGUUUCCCUGAAUCCCCCUCCCCUCCGACAACGUCCAAGUCGCAAACUCGAGCAUCGGGAAAUGGAACCAUUCAAUCAGGGGCGAAACAGGAACGGACCGUGUCUGUAGAUGCUUAUGGAAGCUCUGGCUUGCAGGACUAUCGCCACUCGAAUGUCAAUGGCGCUGCGACUGGCAAGACAAAAAACCGACCAGUUUCUCUCGGUCCGGCAUUCCAAAUGAAAAGUUCCGCUGGCUUCCCCAGCUCUCUUCGUCGAAGCACUUCCAACGGCAGUGAUUCCUCAAGCAGUUUCAAGCGCUCCAGUCCUUCGCCCCGCAGUGAAGGUUCACAUUCCAUGCGCCGGACGAUGAGAGGCGCUGGCCCUACCUCUAAUCAAGUGCAGUCUCCGACAGCCCGUGCAGCUUCUCCUGAUGAGUACCGACCAAUGUCGUCUGGUUCUGGUACCGGGACUAUGCGCAAAACACUACGAGGCCCACCUGGUGGAGGUGAGCGAACGUCGUUCUUCUCCACAAAUAAGAAAGGGCCGCCUCGUGCGCGAUUUACCAAAGCUCCUCCCAAACCGAAGGGAACAACCCGAUUCGCCAAUUCCGAUGAUGAAGAGGGACCCCGGCCUCAGGUCUUCCGCAGUCGAUUUGCCGAUUCCAGCGACGAAGAGGAAGGUAACAACAAUGCCAUGCGUCCCGUUCGCGGAAUUCCACGUCGCAAGGGAGCCCAUGACGGCGACUCGACCGAUCUGGAGGAUAGCUCUGAAGAAGAGCGUCCGCAUCAGGCUCCGCUGCUUGUCACGCCUCGUGUGGGUGCCAGACCACCAGGCUCUCGUGAUCAGAAUGCAGCGCCGAACAUGUCAGGGAUGGCAGCCGUGGCUCGACAGCGCGGUAUGAGCCAGAGGGAGCUUGAGGAAUUUAUCAUGCAGCCUAGUCGAGGACGUAAGCCAGGCCUACUCACUCGUCUCGGUCUGAAGAAGCCCAAGAACACCGACAACCGCAUCCACAAGGCAGAUGUCGAGAGUCCUUCCCGGAGAGAUACGCCGCUUGAGCGGUCACGCCUUGAACGCGAGCAAUUGCGAGAGCCCUUCGCUGGGGAAAGCACCUAUACGACCACUAUUGAGGCAGAACCGCCAUCCUCACCAUCAUCGCCGAAAGUGCUCAAGAAAAACAAGCGACAUACCUUCGCCGGUCAUCCCUGGCCGCUCAGUCCAGCCGUUGAAGAAGAGCAGCCCGCGCCAGCUCCAGAACAUUUCCAGAGCGCUCCCACAUCACCUCUAGAAACGGAGAAGCCCGCGCCUCCAGUCGACGGAGCCCGCAAUGGCAGCAUUACCGUCAACGGUGACAAUCCAGGCAAAGAAAUCGAACCAUCCCCCACCGGCCCAGAGUUCAACGACGCCAGCUCCGACAUUACGAAUGCCACUGACCCCGGCCCAACCGCACGCAACGUCGUGAUCGCAGGCUCCGGACGAAAGAGGCGCUUCCCAAUGCUCCGCAAAGCCUUCGGUCUACGAUCGUGA